AUGCUCGAGCCAGGAGAUUGCGACGAAAAGAGAGGAACAGAUAUUAUUGCGAUUGAUAUUGGAACAACGGCAAUUAAAGUUUGCCUGUACGAUUCGCGUUGCCGACUCAUUAGCUAUGCUAAGGAAUCAGUCACUGUCCAGUUUAAAGGUGCCAAUGAAGAUGGCCUUCGUGCAGAGAUUGAUCCUGAUAUUCUUUGGAAUCAGUUGUUAACAUUAAUUUCUGAAUUAUUGGAUAAGACAAAACGUGAUGCACGAGCAAUAGUCGGUAUGGGAAUUAGCUGCCAAAGGAAUACAUUCAUUUGUUGGAAUAAAGAAAAUGGAGAACCAUGUCAUCGACUAGUUACUUGGAAAGAUUGUCGUGCACGAGACGAGUGUAAAAAGUGGAACAAUUCGUGGUCUUUAAAAGCUAUAAAAUUAAUUGGUUAUAUUUUACACAAGCUGACACGAUCUGCGAGAUGUAUGGCUGCUCGAAUAUUUUCCUUUUUAAAUGCAAUGGUGACUCAUCGUUUUUUAGUGACUCUUGCUGAAAAUGAAGAAAUGCAGCGAUUGCUAAAACAAGAAAAACUAGGCUUCGGUUGUCUCGAUACUUGGUUGAUAUACAAACUUUCUAGUGGUGUCGUUUAUGUCAGCGAACCUUCUAAUGCAAGCAGUACAGGAUUAUUUGACCCUUACACAAUGGAAUGGGGCUAUAACUUACUGCAGUUUUUUUCCUUUCCUGCAUCAGUUCUUCCACGUCUUACAUUUUCUGCUGGAGUGAGGCUUGCUGUUACAGAUAAAAAGCUAUUUGGUGCUCCGAUUAUCGUAGCUGCUGCAGCAGGUGACCAGCAAAGUGCUCUAUUUGCUUGUGGUUGUUGGAUGAAAAAUAGCGCUGCAAUUUCACUUGGUACUGGAUCCUUUGUAGACGUCAAUACCGGCGCGUUACCUCAUUCUUCUCUUAAAGGUUUAUACCCUUUGGUCGGAUGGAAUUUUCCGAAUUCGUUGAAAUUUGUCGCGGAAGGAUGCUCUCAAGAUACUGCAAUAAUUUUGCGUUGGGCAGAAUCAAUUGGUUUAUUUGAAGAUGUCGCAACUACUUCACAAAUGGCUCAAAGUUGCUCGAUUUCUGGCUUGUACUUUAUUCCGGCGUUCUUUGGUAUCCAAACUCCAUUAAAUGACGAUUCUGCUUGUUGUGGUUUCUUAGGUAUCCGUCCAGACACUACUAAGAAACAGAUGGUCCGUGCAAUGCUUGAGUCUAUUGCAUUUCGAAUCUAUCAGAUAUGGAGAACGGUUACUGAUGAAAUUGACAUUUCCUCCACAGGAUUUGUUAGAUGCUGUGGUGGUGUAUCGGCAAAUGACUUCAUCUGCCAAACAAUUAGUACUUUAAUCGAACUUCCAUUACAAAGAAUCAAUAGUCCAAGUUUUGCAUCUGCGUGUGGUGUUGCUAUGAUGGCAGGGAUUACGUGUGGUUUGUGGAAGAAGGAUGAUUUGGAUAAUUUGAUCAAUAUUGAAAAGAGAAAUCUUAAUGCUCUUACCGUUGUUCGUAUCAUUCGUGUCCAUUUACUGAAUCAAAUCGCGUCCACUAGUCUAAUUCGUGUUUCAUUGAUGGCAUUUCCAGUUUUAUUGUUGCCACCAUCGUUUCGUCCUCACUUUCGUCUUUAUCGUCUUCUUGUGGAAUAUUUUGCGCGCAUUCCGAUGGGGAUGGCCGACAAUUCUACUUUUGGUAUUGUCAUGCCAUUAAUAGAAGCUGUACGAGAUUUAGCGAAAAUUAGGGAUGUUUCAGUAUCUUGGUUAGCAUAUACUGCGGUUGCGUAUGCGGAAGCUGAUGUGUCAGUAAAUACGUGGAAAUUGAUCUAUUGUGUUGGGUCGACUGCAUGGGAUCUCCAUAAUUCUUGUUGA